GACGUGAAUAUAGCUGCGGUCGAGGCGUGUCUAUCCUAUGGCCUCAAACGCCGAGCACUCGGCCUUUUUAAGACCAACUCGACGACAGCGUUACUGCAAAAAGUGGCCAAAUUCUCUGAACCGGCGACUGUUGUCCUUAAGAUGGUUACCGAUUUAGAAAGCGGUGAUCCAAACAAGCGCUCGUCAUCGAGUAGUGACAGCAUUAAUAAGAACCGAUUGUCCAAAACUAAACAGCAGAGCUCUACCAAACCUGUCGUCCGGUAUCUGUGGAUCAGAAUAGCAUUGUUUGAGAAGCAUUUGGUGUCAAUUGUCGACCAUUUGGUUGAAAAUAGCAACAAAUACUAUGAAAAAGACUCUUUGGUGUCAGACCCGGUGUCCGGGCAGAUACUGGCCUCACUAUUGGUCGGUCCGUGUGCUCUGGAUUAUAGCAAAAUGAAAACUCAAGAUCACUUCUGGACGGAUCCACCGGCCGAUGAACUCGUUCAGAGACACCGACUGUCGGGCUCUUUACAAAACGGUCCGUCAACUCCGCCGACGGGUCGCAAACCAUUGGGUCUAUACUAUCGAAGAGGUGUCGACGGAUCCAAAUCGUCGACCAGUGCUGACGAGAAGAGUCCUCCGGUGUGUCGUACGUCACUCUCGUGGUCGCCAAGAGAUUAUGUCGAGUCUUUGCAUCAAAACUCUCGCUCUACUCUAUUGUACGGCAAGAAUAAUGUUAUGAUUCAACCGAAAGAGAAUAUGGAGGCAAUACCCGGAUAUUUGUCACUGCAUUCAACACAUAUCGGUUUAAUCAUCAAAUGGACACCAAAUCAGCUCAUGAAUGGUUGCACUCCAAGUAUGGGUGAUAUACCAGCCGUCGAUUCCCCUAAUAGUCAGGACAAAAGCACAUUCUGGGACUACGCCCUGAGUCUUAAUGUGGAUGAAAUAGUAUACCUCCACUGCCACCAACAGGAGGGCAGUGGGAGUAUAGUACUGGUGGGUCAGGACGGGGUCAUGCAAUCGCCCAUCAAAUUCCCGAGAGGGGGACAUCUCUUAUCAUUCCUGUCGUGUCUGGAGAACGGACUCAUGCCG